AUCUAUGCGAUGAAGACGCUCCAAAAGGACGAAAUGGUCAAGCGAGAUCAGCCCACGUCCGUGCGGAGCGCGAUGUCCUGGCCGAGUCAAACUCGCCGUGGGUCGUGCAACUUUUCUACUCGUUCCAAGAUUCUGCAUACCUGUAUUUGGUGAUGGAGUUUCUUCCCGGUGGCGACUUGAUGGUGAGCAAGGAUUGUGACAGGGCGGACGGAACGCGACGGAACGACGAUAUGCUGAAACUUGUGCUCGGCAGACCAUGCUCAUCAAAUAUGAG